AUGGAGGAACCAAACCCGCCAAAAUUGGAGAUAAAUGGGAAAUGUCUGGCAUAUCAUGGACCUCUACUCUAUGAGGCAAAGAUAUUAAAAACUCACCAAGCAAAUUCUACGAGUAUUGUUGGUCCCGAGGGCAAAGAAGAGAUAGACUCGAAGGGAUUCUCUAAUUUUCCUGAAGCUUUUAUGGGAAAGACCUGCUUCUAUGUGCAUUAUAAAGGUUGGAAGCCUAAAUGGGACGAAUGGGUUACUGUUGAGAGGCUUCUGGUACUGAGCACAGAUAAUUUACAACUACAAAAGGAUCUUAGAAAUCGGACAAUGCAAAAACUGAAAAAACCUCAAAAAGCCGUAACACCGAAGUUAAAGGCUAAACUAAUCGCAACCCCAGCAGCGAGCUCAGAGGAAAAGAAUGCUAACGGGAAAGCCAAACCUAAGCGCAUAAAGGACUGUGUACUACCGGAGUUAUUGAAACAGGAAACGAAAGAUGCUGGGUUCGAAAUUUCUGUCUCAGUCGCCUUAAAGGAACUUUUAGUCGAUGAUUGGGAAAGAAUAACAAAAGAGAACAAGUUGGUUGACAUUCCUUCACGGCACCCAGUGAAGGAUAUUUGCAACACUUAUCAAUCUUUCGUUUUGGAGGGAGUGGCCAAACAUAGUGCCUUCUACGACAAUACGCUUGAUUUCUUUCAAGGCCUACGGGUCUAUUUCAACACGACAUUGGCAUCCAUUUUGUUGUAUCAAUUUGAACGCAAACAACUGAAAGAGUUGAUGAACACAUCCACAGAACCACUAGACUACUCUUCAAUCUACGGGCCAACACAUCUUUUAAGAUUACUAGUCACGUUGCCGUCAUUAAUUUCUCAGACAAAGAUUGAUAGCCAAUCGUUAGAUUUCUUCAAGACGACUUUGAACCAACUACUACUCUGGUUACACAAGAAUAUUGAGCAGUAUUUCGUCGACGAUUAUAUAAAUACUAGCCCUAGUUACGAAGCUCUAGCUAGGAUAUAA